AUGCAACCAAAGCCGACUGCCGUAUCUCAACAUACCUCUUCCGUUGACUCAUUCCCAACCGACCGCCCACCCACCCAGCAUGGACAUGACCUCGAUGACCAUCCAGUCUCCGGUUCUCGCGAUCGCGAGCCAACUGGAGACCCUGCAGUCCGCCUGGGACGGCCAGACCAAAGCGAGAAACACUCGCCCCUGAACCGGGUCGUACAAGGUGUCUCAGCCCAGUCAGCCCCCGCUCGCCGCGUGAAUCAGCACGAUGGUGGAGUAUCGUCGAGUCCAGAUGAAGAUUUUGGAUUCCGAGUCGUGACCGUGCAGGCCCCGUCCCAAGUGAACCUGGAGGCGUUUCCAAAUGAGGUCCUCACUCAUAUCCUUUCCCAUCUGCCUCCCCAAUCCUUGUCGGCCAUUACGUUGGUGUCUAGUCGGUUUCAUGUGCUGGUCACCACUCCUCAUGCUUGGAGGAUUGCCUUCUCCCGCUUCUUCCCGGGACCCUAUUCCGCAGACAAUGGUCGUAGCGCUGCUACCGAUCAGGCGGAUUUGGUCUCUGAUCGGCGGUUCUUUGCAAGACUGACUGCGCUGGCGUCCUGGCGGAGCGAGUACAUUUUACGAACUCGUCUGAUGCGAUCGCUGUCGCGGGGCAAACCUUCCCAGUUCCAACCCUCGAAGAAACAUGGCACGGUCCGAUCGGCCAAUUCUCGCAACGGAAGCGCAGUGGCAACAUACACUUCACAAUUACUGUUCCCAGUGAGCCAUCUCCAUAGCACAUUUGGCAAGUCCUCGGAGAAAGAGCCACUCUUCAUCCAUGGCGCUUCGGAGCAAGGCAUCGCGUCUGCUAGCGAUCCAUCCACCGUCAAAGUUGGUACUUGGGGGCUGUCUGAUCAUCAGAUGUUCCGGCACUUUGCGGAUCUGUUCCCAGGAGAGGCGCCCUAUGGCCUCGGGCCAGGCAACUUGAUUGGUAUGCCGAACUCGAUGGACGUCAGCCAACCCUUCGGUAUGGUUUACGGAGAGGGUUGUCCACAAGGCCGCAGCUAUUUUAUCUUGUCUACGGAGCAACGUGGUCGCUUUCUAGGAAGCUCAGAUCUGGGUUCCCAUCCGUCGCUGGGUAUUCCGGCUUUGAACAGGAUCACAGAUGCCGUGUGUGCUGUAUGGAUUACCAAGUCAUCACAUGUACUGAAGAUGACGGGAGGCUUGAUUGGCAUGCUUUCUGGCUCCUCAUCAGGUGUGCUCACUGCCUAUGCGUUAGGCCCCCAUCCGACGUACGAACAACGGUAUGAGCGUGGUCAGGUGACUGCGAGGUGGGUGCUCAGCCCGGGUGUCCCCAUCAUCGGCAUUGCGGUGGACGAUCACUAUACCUCGAAACGUCAUGCAAGCCGGCGAAUCUGGGCCGUUGCGCUCAACGCUCUGGGCGAGGUUUUUUAUCUCACCGAGAUCCCGCAGCAGCCAGAAGUAGCAACUAUUGGAAACGCGAAGCUGAAUGCUGAACAGCUUGAUGAGCUGGCGUGGAAGACCGGUAGAACUGUACGCUGGGAAUUGGUGGAAAUGGCUCGCCGAGUUGCUCGUCCGGAUCCGUUCAACCGGGAACCUGUGGAUGGCAGCUAUAGCCCGCGGUCGUCCUCUGACUGGAUGGGUCUCGACGAGAAUCAGAUCGCCGCUGAGACGAAAGAGAUUGAAAAGUUUCUUGCGUUCAAGCCCAAGCACUUCCGCAAAGUUUGCGAAGGGUGGAAUAUGCAGCGCGAUCUCCAAGUUGAUUUUGCGGGUGACGAUGGUCGCGGAGCCGGUGAAUCUGUCCUCAUCAUCGCUCGUGGUACGGGUGAAGAUGACAAGGCGUCGAUCCGGCGAUUUGUUCGAACCGCCGCCAAGUCUGAUCUGUCCUCGUCAACCACUUUGGAACGUUACGCUCUCUCUGCGAACGAGAAGGCGUCGACGUCCCUUUUUGGUGGCCCAGGGAACACUACUAGUCCGGCUACGAACAGCAGCCUCCCGCCAUCUCGAUCCUCAAGUCGACAAAAUGAGCCUGUCUCUUCCAACAACACUGAAUGGCGCAUCUCGGAUCUUGUCUUUGGCGACCGCAAGUCCGUGGAAAUUACCACCACCGCAUUGGAUGAUUCCACUUUUGCUGUGCUUACAGCGGAGGAAGAUCCGCUCCUGGCCAUGUCUGGUAGCUCGUUCUCUUCCGCAACGUCGUCCCCAAUGCCGCAUAUGGAGCAGCCGCGGUCAAGCCUAGAGGUUCCUGGGCAGCGGGCACGGUACAUGGCCGUCGGCACUACUUCAGGAAUGGUGUUCGUCUGGGAUAUUCGAAUCCCUCCGGCGCAGACUGCGGAUGUUAUCAACUCCAUCUUCCCGCUACGGACGAUUCAAACCGAGUCACCCCAAGUUUCCAGUGUGGCAUUGACGUCGUUGUACCUUGUGCAUGGCGGCAAUGAUGGCCUUGUACAGGCCUGGGAUCCAUUAGCCUCGUCUACGACACCCAUUCGAACUAUCAACUCUCGCUUCUCGUCACGGGCGCGCCGCCGCCUAGUUCAAGCAGAAGCUUCGGUGCUUGGCGUGGGCAAUAAUUACUAUGCCACUGGAGCCAUCUGCCUGGAUCCUGAUCCAACCGUGCUGCGUGGGAUGGUGUCCCUUGGGACCCACCUUCGCUACUGGUCAUACAGCUCAUCUGCGGCCGAUCAGUACAAGAGCGGCAAGCGUCGAUUCCGCCGUUCAAUGCGCGGCAGCAACGGCUCUGCUGACGGCCAGCGUUUCACCAAUAGUGGCCGCGGCGCUAUUCGUGACUACAUUGAGGACGAACGUGUAGAAAUGGAGCGCCAAAGAGUCGCAGAUGAGAAAGAACGGGCACACCUAAGUGCACGCUUUGGAGUUGAUCUCCUGGGCCCCGAUGUUGAUGAGGAACAGCUGUUGGCGUACGCUCGGCUUCUGAGCGAAGAAACCUAUACAGGCAAUGCGCCCAAUCGCGGCGAUCAAGCGGCGUCCGUGAGCUCCGUCACCAGCGCCGAGCUGAGCGAUACCGUCGGUCCUAGUUCGGGCGCCCCAGGCGAACUCUCGUCCUCUUCGUCGCCAUAUCAAGAUCCUGCUGACGACGACGACGACGAGAUCGCCGAAGCUAUUCGGCUGAGUUUAUUAGAUGAGAGAUCUGGCGCUGCGCCGAUUGAACAUACGUCCCCAAUCCCCAUCAAGUACGCCAAGGGCGUGGAGCCACCGCGCUCGGCAUCCCUUGGUACGGCUGCCGCGGAGAGCAGCCAGCAACAAGAGAUGGACGACUUGGAAUUCGCCAUUCAGCUAAGCUUGGCGGAGAAUGAAAGUCGCGAUGACGCGUCUAGACAGGAGCACGAGGAGUUCCCUGCGUUAUCGCCUGGACCGUCAUCAUUUUCGUCUGGGAAGGGCAAGGGCAAAGCCCGGAUGAUGUAG